AUGGAGUUUGAUCUCUUGAAGAUGAAGGAUUCGGAUAGUGUGAAAGAAUACUUUUUCAAGCUGAUGGAUAUUGUGAACCAAAUAAGGAUACUUGGUGAAAAUUUUCCAGAUCAUAAAGUUGUAGAGAAGAUCAUGCAACAAAAAGAAGGCAAAAAGGUCUCUGUAGACCACUCUGGAGAGGUGAAAUCUGAUGGAUACCAAGAUAAAUCAUCGAGGAGAGGAAAAUUUUCAUCUUGUGGUAUUUGUAAGAAGACAAACCACUUGGAGAAGAAUUAUUGGCAGAAGUCCAAGAGGUCUCCCAUUCAAUGUAGAUACUGCAAGAAGUAUGGACACAUUGAAAAGUAUUGCAGCCUAGACAAGUCUGAUGGGACCAAAGUGAAGCUUGGAGAUGGUGCACUGGUGCAAGCUCAAGGAAGAGGAUUAGUGAAAUUCCCUACGGAUGAAGGUAUGAAAAACAUAAAUGAUGUUUUUUUGCUGCCAAACUUGACUCAAAACUUGUUGAGUGUUGCUCAGUUGCUUUACAAUAACUAUUCACUUAAUUUUAAGGAUAAAAAAUAUGUCAUUUAUGAUCCUAAAGAUUGUGAAGUAGCUAAAAUUAGCAUGAUUGGUAAUUCUUUUCCAAUUUCAUGCUAUUCUGCUGGAAGUUGCUCUUUCAAUGUUGAAAUGAGUGAUACUUGGCUUUGGCACAAAAGAUUCGGUCAUUACAACCUUAGUUCAUUGGUUGGCAAAGUUCAGGUGUUUUCUACUUUCAAAGAAUUCAAGGCUGUGGUAGAAAGGGAGAGUGGUUGUCGGUUAAAGUAUAUCAGGUCAGAUAAUGAAAUUGAAUAUACUUCGCAUUGGUUCAGCAAGUAUUGUAAAGAUGUGGGCAUUUAA